AUGUCCGAUCCAUUCAGCAUCACCGUCGGCGUGCUAGGUGUACUCCAAGCGGCGUUUUCGACUUGCAAAUUUCUGCGGGGUUUGAUAGAGGGUUUUUCAAAUGCUCCCGAGACCCUGAAAAGCGUAAGCCAGGAGAUCCAAGCUGUCGGGGGCCAGCUUUCAUCACUAUCGACAGAACUUUCUGAGCAACAGAACUCGAACUACUCCCCCAACCAGCUGGCGUGUCUCGACAACCUAAAGGCUGUCAGUCAGCAAUGCCACGAGUCGUGUAAUGAUUUCAGCAAAAAACUAGCGGAUCUCACCUCUCACUCGACACCACCUCUCAUAUCUAGCCGUGACAAGGGUCGCCUACUAUAUCACGAGAAGGACAUCACUCUAUUCAAAGCUAAGCUGCAGCGCUAUAAGCAGACACUGGAUCUUGCAAUCGGAGUGGCUACCUUCCAAACUGUCCGAGACAACAAAGAAGCUCUGCAAUCUCUCGAAACGAAGAUAGCGUCUUGCAUAAAUUCCUUCACUGGCCAAAUGGAAGGCCUCCAGCUGGCCAUUAGCUCAUUAUCCUUGAACAGCCUCAGCAUCAGAGAGGAAGACGUGGAUAUGGUCCUGAAGGUGCUGAAUGGGCAUCGCGUAAUGCUAGCUCAAUGCUUAAAGUUUUGUGAGCACGGCUUGAAAGAGACAACAGCAGCAACGGGGACGACUGUUAAAUACGCCGAGGCAUUCGACAAGGCGCGGCAUUGGAUCGGAAACAUUGGGUUUGACGGCACGUGGGCUCCCAAUACACCACUGAUUUCGGUUGAUCGCAUGAUAGCGCGGGAUGAAGCGAUUCAGGGUGUCGGAAAUAUGUCAAGAGAGGUGGCUAGGGAUUUUUUCAAAUGA